AUGGUUACUUUCAGUCACUCCCAUAGAUCAACUACAUCCGUCAUUCCUAUAAGCUGUCUUUCUUUUUGACAAUAAAAAAAUUAAAAACUUUGGGGAACAAAACGACAGCGUCAAAAAUUAUGUGAUGUUAGUGAAAUUAAUACUCUAGCUGAAUUUAUUUUGUAAAUUUUAGUGUAAUGCAAGCUCAAUGCAAGCAAACUCCCCAGGAGUUCAUUAAAAAUGCGUUUACUCCUCAAAUUGCUGUGAUGUACACUCCACUUGCAGAAAAAUGUUGCCUGAAAAAUAAUUUGGAUUUUAUUCAAUUAUUACAACCCUUUUGUACAUUAACGAAUGACGUUUCGUACAAGGACCCCACAGGAUUUACAAAUACUAUAAGAAAUUUGAAAUUAACCUUCUUGGAUAUAUUGUGGAGGCCACCUCAAACUCACAUAGCAAGGAAAUUAUUGAAUUCUUCAGUGAGUAAUGCAUCAGACUGCAAAAAUAACUUUGUUCAAGUAGGUAGACACAAUUUGGAAGUACCUUCAAAUACCCCAUGGUUUGAAUCUUGGAGGGACACAUUUUUAAGGGUCCAAUAUCCAUCAGACCAUGAGUUUACAAAACAUUUUUUGGCAUGUAUUUUAGUUGCAACUUCUGCAGAAAAUAACCUGGAGGAGGCUUUUGAUAGUUUAACACAAAGAUUAAAUCAAGCACAGAGCAGAGAACCUGGAAAGCUUCCAAAAUGGUUUAACUUGAAUAUUUUAAAAUAUUUUGUAAUUUUGCAUGACAAUGUAGAGGGAGAUACUUAUAUAGCUGAGAAAGCAUUUGAUUCAGUAAAACUAUUGUAUGGUGUAGCAAAUUGUUUUUUAUUAAAGAUGAAUUCAAGAUCUCCCAAAACCUCAACAACAGAACAUUUACCAGAUCCUUGGAGUCAGUUCAUAAGUAAUACAAUUAAUAUGAAAGAUAUAAAAUCCAAUCAAGAUAAUUCACUAAUGAAAACUUCCUUAGAAAUAGGACAGGAGGCAGAAGAGGUUAAGAAUAUCAGCAAUUAUCAUCCACUUAGUCCGGUAAAUGAAGAUUUAUCAGCAAGUGGACAUAUUAGUGAUGAUGAAAAACCUGUAAAUAAUGCAACCAAACAAAAAUCACAUGGAGUUUGCUUAACAACUGAUGAUGUGGAACAAAUUAAAUUGUUGAUAUAUGAAUUCAGUAGAAGUUGUCUAAUGCCAUAUAUAGAAAAACAAAUUCAUAGUUUAAAUGAUACAGUCUCCAAUAAAAAAGGAGUGAGUAAAUCAUUAUUCAGUGCUACAAAAAGAUGGUUUAGUCCCAACAAACCAGGUGCUAGUUCUGUAGCUGUUAAUAAUUUAAUAUAUUCUCUAGACUCUCCUGAACUACAAAUUAGACGAUUAGGUGAUCUAUACUUCAUGUUUGGUCAGUAUUCUCUGGCAUUUCAAGCAUAUCAUUUGGCAAAAAGAGAUUACAAUGCUGAUCAAGCCUGGUUAUACUAUGCUGGAGCAUUAGAAAUGGCUGCCUUAGCAGCUUUUAUGGCUAAUGAUACUACCAAAAAAACCUGUGAUUACAUGGAAGAGAGUAUAACAACUUAUCUAAAUACUUGCAAAAUGCCUCAGUUUGCUACUAGAGCCACAAUCUUGAGUUCUGUAUGUUUAGUAAGUCAAAAUAUGUUUGGAGAAGCUGCCCACCAACUAAUUCGGAUGACAAGUGAAGAAUCAGAUUUACGUUCAGCUUUACUGCUUGAACAGGCCUCAUAUUGUUUUCUUAAGUCAAAAAUGGUCCGAAAAUAUGCUUUUCACAUGGUUUUAGCUGGUCACAGAUAUUCAAAAGCAGCCCAAAGAAAAUAUUCUUUGAAAUGUUACAAACAGGCAUAUCAAGUUUACGAAAAUACAGGGUGGGACUUGGCUAGUGACCAUAUUCAUUACACCAUUGGUCGUCAAGCUAAUAAUUUACAACACUUUGAUGAGGCUAUAGAGUCUUUUGCAAAACUGUUAAAAGGAGAAAGUAAGCAGACUGCUCAACAGCAAGCCACAUUUUUGAAAGAAUAUUUAACUAUCUUAGGAAAUAAACUUAAAACAGAAAAUGAAGACUACCAAAUCAGUUGUCCAAUUUUGCCAGUUCCAGAUUUGGAAGUCAAUUCAUUAAAAAUUUUACUAGGUCCUACCAGACCUUUAUCUACUCCUGGAAAAGUACCAGCCAUGGGUAUUAAUUUUUAUAAUUCUGAAGAUCCACAGGCAGAAAAUAAGUGGAUAAAAUUAGAAGAAAUGUUGGUUCAUGAAGCAGAAGGUGCUGCACCUUUAAUAUUCAAGCCAGUGGUUACUUUGUACAAUGAAAUUAGUUUAGAAAAGACUAAACCAGUAGCUGUAGUCAAUGAACCUAUACAGAUUUCUAUAAAAUUGGUGAAUUCUCUUCAAACUGUCCUUAAUCUUACCAAUAUUCACUUGCUGUGGACUUUUAAAAAAGAUAAGAUAGUAACUAAUACAUGUGAUACAGAAAAUGGACGAUAUGUAAAAACUCAUACAACAAAAUCUCUAUUAGUUGAAGGAAACUCCAAGAAGGAGGUUGUUCUUUCUAUCACUCCUCUGUUACAAGGAGUAGUGACUGUAACUGGCUUUUCUUAUACACUGACUAGUUCAAAUGGAGCAAGUGGAACAAGCUCCAUAAAAGGGAAACAGCUUAUUCGUAUAACUGAUGGAAAUGCAAAAAAUGCUUGUAAUAAUUUUAGUGAUAGCAGUACUGUUAAACCAUUAGAUAUUAAUGUGGUACCACCUGCACCUUGCUUACAGGUGACGUUCUCAGAAAUUAAUUCAGAUUUCUUGGCAGACGAAUUGCAGAAAGUUCUAAUAAAUUUUCAAAAUACUGGCUCAGUACCACUUAAAAAUAUCUAUAUGGCUUCUUCUACACCUCAUUUACUGUGUAAUUGUGAAUUUAUUCAACAAGUAGAUGAAAAUCUAAAUGUGAGUGUUGGUAAUUUGUGUAUUCCAGCAAUUAGGGAGAAAAUUAUUAGAAAAAAUCACUUAACACCAGUACCACUAACUAGAAAUAUAUUGAAGCCCGGGCAAACUGUACAAAUAUACGUUUGGGUAAAAGCGCCUAGUACAAAAGGACCAGCUGCCAUAGAUAUACUUAUUUAUUAUGAAAAUGUAGAUAAGAACAGUAUUCCUAAGUAUAGAUUAGUUAGACAUAAUUGGAACUUAAUGGUUCAAGAGUCGAUAGUAGUAGACGUUUCAUUCCAAUCAAGUCAUAAUGCAAAAAGUGUAGAAGAAUUGGCUCUUGCAAUGAAAAUAACUAAUUUAAAUAAAGUUCAUAGUUCAGUAUUGACAGAAGUGAUGUUAUUAAAUGUUGGAUUACUCAGCAAAUACUGGACUUUGACUGAAGACAUAGCUACUCCUAAAUAUAUAAACCUUCAUUCCCAGGAAUCUGCACAUAUUUUGCUCAAGGCAAAGAGAUCAGUUCAAGAAACAAGUAAAUACAGCAGUGUUCCACUUAAUGCUGAUAGAAAGUCUAUACAAAGUAUGACUACUACAUUCUUGGCAUUUGCAAAGAAAGCUGAAAACCCAACACUAACGAUGUUCGAUGAUUUUGACUCUUUAAAAUUCAAAGAAAACAAUGAUGGUGUAUUACUGUUGCAGUGGCAAGCGUUAGUAUCAGAAGGCACUAAUAAACAGAUUGUUAUCGGUCAAACAAGUAUACCUAUAGAAAUAAAUAGAAAAGAAGAAGAUACUGUGCAAAUGGAAAGAAUAUUAUCAGACACAUUCACUGAUAACAAUGAUAAAAAUUCUGAAGAGGGAAAGAUCCAGAUCGCCCAAAAACAAAUUGUUUACAACCUAAUAUAUUCUCCAGUUGUCAAGCAUAAUUUCAUUAAAAGAAAAAUCUGUAUUGUGCCUGUUAAAAUUCUCUUACACAGUACUAUUGAUAAUAAAAUCCUUAGUGUAAUUGUAAAUACAACCGAACCUAGCGUUAAAAUACCUGCAAUAACUAACUCGAACAUGUUCUGUUCGUAUGGAUCCAGUAACUUCUGUUGGAUAAGUAACAGUAAAAUUGUUAAAAUUUUGAAUCCCUUAACUACGGCAACAGUACAGCUUGCAGCCGCUUUAUCUGGACCUGGAACUUUUGAUUUAGGCGCUCACAUUCAAGUGUUAUGCAAAUAUAUUGAUCAUCCGGAUCCAUACAUACUACAAACUUAUCAAAUUCAUCCAACUUUGAUUAUUGUAAAUACUUAAUAUAUAUAUAAUGUUCGUGAUUUAAUUUGUUUUUGAAAUUUUAUAUUAAUAUUACAAUACAAUCUAAUUAUCAAGACUUUCCCCCGUGAUUAUUAAAAUUUAUUUGACUUAUAUAUUUCGCGAUAUAACAACGCCUUGAUUUUAGGUUUAUUUUGAUAGAAAAUCACUUUAAAAUAACAGGCAAAAAUUGACGUUUCGACCUAUUUCGGUAUUUAUCAAACUAUAACUUGACUUCACAAUUUCAUAAUUAUAAUAAUCAAUAAAUCACUUCCAACAUUAAUAUUGAAAUAAAAAUUGUUAAUAUAAAAUUGUCAAGACAUACUUAACAAAGACCGUAGUUGGUUGUAAAGUCAAUUUUUAUCUGUUAUUUUAAAUUAGUUUUUUAUAUAUAAGCAAUACUAAUUUGGCACCCCUACGACUAAAGUUUUGUUAAAAAAAGGAUAAUUCAUGUUUUCUAAUUUCGGUGAGAAAAUAGCUUGAGGAAGAUGAAAUAUUUAUUUCAAUUAGGUACCAUUAUUUAUGUUUAUUGAAGUGUAAAACUAUAAAAUUAAAUAUAUAUAAAAAUUCAA